UGUUAUCCAACAUCAGUUUCUGUUCCACUUUAGAAUAGCAACUUUGGACAGAUGGUUAACUUCUAAAGCAAAAUUAUGGCUCGUAAAGACAUUUAACACAUAAAAGAAAAUAAAGUAAAAAUAAAUUUCUGUGAAAACUGGAGACCGUCAUCACAUUUGGAGAAAGUCUCAAAGUUUCAUCUCUAUGACAUGAUAUGUAUGGAUAAAGACCACAGUUUCUAUCCUACAUAAGAACACUAUAUGAAGAAUUUAAACUUGUUAAAUGUAACCUUUUAUUUUUAUACUUUUGUAUAAAGUUAGAGUUCCGAUGUCUAAAAUGCAACUUGUGUUUCCAGACCUAGCCUUUGGACAUGCUAAUGAGGGCCAUAGGUAUUGUCCUGCCUGAUUGCUCUAUCCUGCUGCUGAUUGGUUCAGACAGUUUGGCGCACCCACUGUACCAUAGAAAUACUGGAGGUCAGACCAGGGAUCAUCACUGUGUUUGCGGACACAGACGACAAAAGUGCUUAAUUUCGGACUUUUCAUCUGUAGACAUGGAGACCGCCACAUCCUCCACUGCCUGCGCUGCUUCAAGCCUCAGCAAAGCCUACCUGUCCAUCUGACUAGGGUCUGCAUGAAACACUGCACACUGGCGGAGAGAGCAGAGGAGGUGAAGAAGGCGAAGAUUGCCACAAAGACCUGGAUCCUGAAGAGCAGGGUCUGGGACUAUGGCGUCCUGGAUGAGCUCUUGCCCCACUUACCUUGCAAGAUUGCAAUGGUGAAGGCGCUGGAGUCCCGUGGCACUUUUGUGAUAAAUAAGCCACACAACUGGACAGAACAUGUUGCCUCUACCCCUCCUGAUUCUGCCACCCCUACCCUUGCCACUGCUUCAAUUCCAGAGGCUGCCGGUCCUAGGGCUAGCAGCCCAUCCUCGACUGAAAGCAACAGCUCAGGAGAGCCUACCCGUCAAAGUGAGUCAGAACAUCAUGGAGGGACCUCCAAGUCUGUGAGGAUGCGGAUGAAGAAGGCUGGCAUGUAUGCCAAGUUUCCCGAUAGAGCGCCACUCAUCAGGGACUUCAAGAAAUAUCUUAAAGUUUCCCUGAAGGUGCACUGCUGCCAGGAGGAGGUGGACCACGUGAACCGCUUCCUGAGAUUUGUGCAGGAUGGUGGGGAUGAGCCCACUACUGCUUUCCUCACCUUGAGCACGGAAACGAAGAACUUCUUCGCCUCACUUGAGUCCUGCGGCCUGCAGCCUGCAUCAGUCCAGUACUAUGUAAAAGCAUCAUGUGGUUUGUCCAGUUCCUCCAGACUAGGCUGGACCUGGGAGACCAGGUGGAGAGGAACAAGUGCCAGGCCUUCAUUGAUAUGGUCAGGAACCUGAGGAAGCAGGGGUCUAAGGCAGACACCCAGGGUCUUGUGAGAAAGAGAUUUGAGCAAUUUGAUGCUGGAAAUCCAACGGUGUACCAGUGCCAGGAGAUUCUUCGAGUGGCCAGGGCGGAUUUCCUCAACUCCUUCAGGAAACUUUUAUCUGAAGUCCCCCUAUCCAGCCAUGAGAAGACCUUCUACAGAUACUACCUGCAAGCCCUGUUGGUCUUGAAGCAUUUCCAGCGCCCGGUAGCUGUGGAAGUCAUGACUGUGAAGGAGUGGGAUAUGAGGAAGACUGUGGAUAAAAGGGUCGUUGUUGCUGUCACAGAGCCACAAGAACAGUUGGUGUACUUUGCCCUGACGGACGAGGAGGAAGCAUGGUUUCAGGCCUACUAUGAAAAGAUCAGGAGUCAACUCAUCGAAGAGGAAGACUGCCAGCGAUUUUUUGUCUCGUCUCUAGGCACACAAGUGAGCAAAGUGAACAAUGACCUCAGCCGCCUCCAUGAACACUAUAAGAUCCAACCGGUCAUUACCAGCCGGACUGUGAGAACGGCCUUGAGGACAGAGGCUGCAGCCAGUUUCACAGCUGAGCAACAGGAGAGUGUUGAUCAAUAUCUGGCACACUCAGUCACCAACCAGGAUUCCAGGAUGAGCCAGCCUGAGCAGGUCAUAGCCACGGCCAUUAUCAUGGACACGCUGGGAAGCAUCUCGCCUUCUGACUCACCACCACCCUCCACCAACAACCCUCCCACUGCCGCUAGGGAUAGGUUUGAUGAUUUUGUAGCCGCCUUCCCAGUUACUGUGGAGAGCGAAGUCCCAAGCAAGAGACGGAGGCUGGAACAGGGCUGUGACACUCGAUCAUUCUAUGACAGGUGGCGCAAACAGCAGUAUACCAUGCGGCUCGAGUCUCUUCUAACAAACUUCAGUUACCAGAAACCAUCGUUGGCAGAGGUGGCCAGGCUCAUUAAAAAGAAACGCUGGUUGAUUAACUGUCCAAAGGCCGCGGAUGUGGUGGAAAAGUGGAAGCCUCCCACCGCUGCUGCAUCCCAGACAGACAAGAGGCUGAAGUGCUGUGUGGUUGCCCAAAAGUGGAAAGGCCUGAGUUUUAGGGACUUUGGAGGUGACAAAGGUCAAGGUGUUAUUGCAGACAGGAGAUUUUUGAAAGGAGAAAUCGUCUGUGACUACCACGGGAAGGUGAUCACAGGAGCAGAAGGCAGAGAGAAGAUGGAGGGGACCAACGGCCGAGCUAGCCACCUGUUUUUCUUUCAGGAUGGGCAGAGGGACCUCUGCAUGGAUGCCCGGGCUGACCGGUGUGACUGUCACCCUGACAAAAAGACCCUGGGAAGAAAGAUCAACCAUUCUUCUAAAAAACCCAACCUCAAGCAUGUCCACGUGGUGAUGAGGAUCGCUGAAGAGGACAGACAUGUCAUCCUCUUCAAAGCCAUGGAGGACAUUGAUAUUGGCACUGAGCUGAAGUGUGAUUAUGGUGUCAACAGAGGAGAGUGUAGAGAUAUGAAAUUUAAAUUGCACCUGUUGAAAAAGGGAACUUACAAAUGUGGGAAUUAAAUACUGCUGGACAAGAAAGCUACAGUAUGUGUCGCCUAAAUGACCACCGUCUAGCAGUUAGGCCUUGAUCAACUUCCUGCUCUGUCUUUACUCAGAUAAAAACACUUCCUCUACUCACUUUUACGCACACUGACCUAGUACGCUGAAGUCUCUAAGUGGCCCGUCAGGCUGACAAAGAGUAGAUUUAUAUCUUCAGCCCUGCACAUGGGUCUGUAGGUAACUGAAUGAGUGAGUGACUGAGUGAUGCUACUUUCAGAGUGAUACCAUACAGAUUUGGGUGUAGUCUUACUGAAAGCCCGGGAAGCAGAGAACAUCUUGAUUGAGACCAACUCUGACGCCCUUGGCUCAGACCUUUACUGUGAUUUUUAUGGCUCUCCUGAGCAUAUCUCACCAGAGUGGUAUGAACACAGCAUCUAAUGGGCCGGUCCCACCAUGAUGUAGCAGAUUGAUGUCGUCUUCUAAGACCUGAUGCACUGCGGCAAGGAUUUCUUUAAGACAUGAUGUGUCUUUGAUUAGCAGAAGACCCCUCUCUGGAGAAGCUGUGCCUUCAUCAUGGCUCACAGAAAGCCAGCCCUGAACCCUGGUGUUCAUCUGUACACCAGGGAACCCUGACACAUUUUUAAUUUGACAUGUUUCUCAAUUUCUGUAAAUACGUGUUGCUUUAUUUAAUUUGUGGCCAAAGGUCUGAGUCCACAAUCUUGUUUCUUGUUCUGUACCUUUGAAUGCUUAAUAGACCUGAAACCUUUGUGGUU